AUGCGCGCAGACGUGGUUUCACCCGUCUACCGCCUGCGCAAGUGGAUCGAAGAAAAGAUGAAUGUCUACUUGCCCUCCGCAGGCUUCGCAACCCAGUACUCGCGCGUCAGCUUCGGCAACGUCCGCUACUCGGAGGUGGAAAGACUGGCGCAGAAGCAAGGCAACAUUUUGCUGGGUGGCAUGGCAGGUAUCGUGGCAUUGCUCAUUCCUGCAAUGGGAUAUGCCAGCUGGGCCCUCUGGAGAUGGAAUCGUGCAUCGCAUGCGUCCAGAGUCUCUGUCAAAGGCAUUGCAAGCUUGGGCGACAUUACCGAGAGGAUUGGAAGAAUUUUCACAUAA